AUGUCUCUCGUUGAUACUUAUUAUGGAGAACAAAGCGCCAUCACUACAGAUUUCACAAUAGCUCUCAAAGACACAGUGAGCAACGUUGACAAGAACGUUAAUUUUUACACAAUUCUUUUUACUUGGAAACAAAAGAAGAUUUGGAAAACAACCCCAAAACGGUUCAGUGAAUUUGAGGCAUUCCACAACUUAAUCAAAUACGUGACAAAUGACCCGUGUAUCACUACUUUACCUCCUAAAUUGUUUGUACACACAAAAGAGAGUCUUGAAGAAAGGAAAAGAGGGUUAACAAAUUACAUCUAUAACAUCACAAAGAGUUGCCACUUAAUUCAAAUUGCUGAGGUUAGACAGUUCUUUGAGAUCCCAUUUGUAGUUCAACUGUAUUACUCGGCAACCCCAACGCAACUGCCUGUAGCUGGGGAGAACGAUAUUCCCGAGUCUGUGAAACAGAUGUACACGGACGGGUGUACUUGGGCAACACACUUUAGUCGACUUUUUAAGAAUCUCCAUCAACUUGCGACGUUUGAAGAACAAGACGACUUUUUCACCAAGAACAAAGAGAUGGUAGGCAACAUGCGCCAAUUUUUCCAGAUCCAAAUGGACACCUUCCGACAAGUUAUAAAGGAACAAAGCAAUCAAACACUAAAAGACGUUUUCUUGACGUCGCACCGCAUUUGGCUGUGGAUAGUGAACAUGCCACAAAUCAUCCACGCCCUCAACGUCAUGCCACCGCCCACUUUUAUAGAUCUGAUGCAGUACUUAAACAAAGAAACGGGUGAAAUCAAUAUACCAGUGUCGGUGACAACAUCAACAGGAGACUCCGUAAGAGAUUAUUUCAAUCAAGUCGCCUCACUGAGAAGACAAGCAGCCAGUCUAGAAAAGCUUGUUGUGAAGAAUAAUUUUGUUAUAACGCCAUUGACGAAGACUAAAAUCCAGGAGGUCUGGAACAACAUCAAAAGACUUGUGGAAGGGAUCGUCGAGUAUAAUCAGUUCAUCAACGCGGAUAACUGCUUGGAUGUCAAAGAUAUUUACAUUGCAGCGACAGAACUUGAUAUCCAAUUCUCGAGAAGACUUGGGGUCCUCAUCGACAAAAGACCAGAAGGCGAUUGCGUGGAAAAGGUCGGGUACAUAGAAGCCAAAGGUAACGACAAUCACGUCUUCGUGAUGCAAGAACUCUACCAGCCCUUCGUUUUGUAA